AUGUGGAAGGUGAGGUUGAAGCCCGAUGUCAUCAGCUACACCGCUGGCAUCAGCGCCUGCAAGAAGGGCGAGCAGUGGCAGCGGGCUCUGGCACUGCUGAGCGAGAUGCGGGAUUCGAAGCUGGAGCCCAACGUCAUCUCUCUCCUACAGCGCCGUGAUCAGCGCGUGCGAGAAGGGCGAACAAUGGCAGCGGGCUGUGGCGAUGCUGAGCGAGAUGCGGGAGGCGAAGCUGGAGCCCAACUCUGCUACAAUGCUGGGAUCAGCGCGUGCGAAAAGGGCGAGGAGUGGCAGCGGGCUCUGGCGCUGUUGAGGGAGAUGCGGGGGGCGAAGGAGGUGGAACCCAACGUCAUUAGCUACAGCGCUGGGAUCAGCGCCUGCGAGAAGGGCAAGCAGUGGCAGCGGGCUCUGGGGAUGCUGAGCGAGAUGCGGGGGAUGAAGUUGGAACCAAACGUCUUCAGCUACAACGCUGGGAUCGGCGCUUGUGGGAAGGGCGAGCAGUGGCAGCGGGCUCUGGCGCUGUUGAAGGAGAUGCGGCAGGCGGAGCUGAAACCCGACGCUACUAAGCUACAACGCUGGGAUCAGCGCCUGCGAGAAGGGAGAGCAGUGUCAGCGGAUUCUGGAGCUGCUGCGCGAGAUGCGGGAGACGACGCUGAAGCCAAGCUUUUCAGCUACAGCGCUGGGAUCAGCGCGUGCGAGAAUUGCGAGCAGUGGCACAUAGCUUUGUCGCUGCUCAGCGAGAUGUGGAAGGCGAAACUGAAACCCGACGUUAUCAACUACAGCGCUGGUGUCAGCGCGUGCGGGAAGGGCGAGCAGUGGCAGUGGGCUCUGGUGCUGCUGGGCGAGAUCUGGUUGGCGAAACUGAAGCCCGGCGUCAUUAGCUACAGUGCUGGGAUCAGCGCGUGCGGGAAGGGUGGGCAGUGGCAAAGGGCUUUAGCGCUGUUCAGCGAGAUGUGGAAGGCCAAACUCAGGCCCGACGUCACCUUCAGCUACACCGCUGGAAUCACUGCGUGUGACGAGGGCAAGCAGUGGCAGCUGUCUCUGGCGCUGCUGAGCGAGAUGUGGCAGGUGAAGUUGGAGUCCGACGUCAUCUUCAGCUACAGCGCUGCCAUCAGCGCGUGCGGGAAGGGCGAGCAGUGGAAACUGGCUUUGGCGCUGCUCAGCGGGAUGUGGCAGGCGAAGGCAAAGCCCAAUGCCAUCAGCUACAGCGCUGGGAUUAGUUCGUGCGAGAAGGGCAAGCAGUGGCAGUGGGCCCUGGCGCUGCUCAGCGAGAUGAGGGAGAUGACAUUGAAGCCCAACGUCAUCUUCAGCUACAACUCUGGGAUCAGCGCGUGCGAGAAAGGCGAGCAGUG